AUGGUAAAUCUGAUAAUAUUUAAUGGGUCGUUCCCCACCGAUUUGAAUUCUUUAUCAACUCGCAAUUUUUCUGAGUUGAUGGAUUCUGAUGGACUGGAAUUGUCGAAAAAUUACAACGUCUCCAUGAUAAAUUCAAUUGGCCCUCUAAGAGCAGUCACUAUGCCACUCGUAAAACCAAGGGAUAAGCACAGGAAGCGGCCUAAUGCGGUGCAGAAUCACACAUCCGUUACCAGACAUGAGGCACUUUUGGAUCUGUUGUACUCGUAA